AUGUUGGAAUUUGCCUUCCAAUAUGUGACAAUUCUAGAUGAUGCUAAAAUUUAUUCCAGCCAUGCUAAGAAAGCUACUGUUGAUGCAGAUGACGUGCAACUGGCAAUCCAGUGUCGAGGUGACCAGUCUUUUACCUCUCCUCCCCCGAGAGAUUUUUUAUUAGAUAUUGCAAGGCAAAGAAAUCAAACCCCUUUGCCAUUGAUCAAGCCAUAUUCGGGUCCUAGAUUGCCUCCUGAUAGAUAUUGCCUAACAGCUCCAAACUAUAGGCUCAAGUCUUUACAAAAGAAAGCAUCUACUUCUGCAGGAAGAAUAACAGUACCACGGUUACGUGUUGGUUCAGUUACUAGCAGACCAAGUACUCCCACACUAGGCACACCAACCCCACAAACCAUGUCUGUUUCAACUAAGGUAGGGACUCCAAUGUCUCUAACAGGGCAAAGGUUUACAGUACAGAUGCCUACUUCACAGUCCCCUGCUGUAAAAGCCUCAAGUCCUGCAACAUCAGCAGUUCAGAAUGUUCUGAUUAAUCCAUCAUUAAUUGGGUCCAAAAACAUUCUUAUUACUACUAAUAUGGUAUCCUCACAAAAUACUGCCAAUGAAUCAUCAAAUGCAUUGAAAAGAAAACGUGACGAUGAUGAUGACGAUAAUGACUACGAUAAUUUGUAA